GCCCCGCAAUCGCUCGAGUACGACCCCCGGUUUAGCGUACUCGUUAAUACGGUAAAAUACCUUAGUCGUUAUACUAUUAAUAGUAUUCCUAGUAGGAUUGUUAAUUUGGGAAUAGAUAAUAUAUGCGUUGUAUUACUUAAUUUUAUAGCCGAUCUUAUUGACUAA